CCGUUCAUGUCAAAGGCUCACACACGAUUCAUGGUGCUGAUUAUAUCAUCGUUCCGCUGUCCCCAAAGAUUGCAACAACGAUCAAAAGCGCAUUAGUCGGCUCACCACCAGAGGAGAUGCUUGAUAAUAGCAACCCAGUGAUCGCCGAUGCGCCAAUCCCUAGCACCACCGCUCCUAUCCAGCAGAACUAUAAUAGCACGUACAGCACGAAUGGGACUGGACAAGAUACCCAACAGCAGGAACAGUCGCAUUUAGCAGAUGAUGAGGAAGCCAAUAUUUCGCCACAUCAAAGGAUCAGUUUGCGUUCGGUAGCCCGUGCUGUAGAAUGGAUGCUCAACAUCAGGAAUUCGCCCGCCGCGCCAAAGUCAUCCGAGACAAAUAGGGACCAGGACCAGCAGCAGGACCAGGAUGGGUCUUCACCGGAACCAAACACCAAAAAGAAGCAGAGAAAUCGCCGAAAGCCGCGACCGCCCAGACCUACCAUCUCAAAGACGCGACUCAAGGUGUUUGUGGGCACCUGGAAUAUGAUGGGGCAGAUGCCUGAUAUCCACGACGGUCUCACCGGCUUCAUAGAUAUUUCACAAAAGGAUUCGAAUCGGGCCUCUCAUUUGAAGACUUCAGCUACGGAUACGAGAUCUUCUGGUCAGGAGCAGCGUCCCCACAUGAUCUCACCGUCAGCUUCAGCACCCCACAUCUGUACGCCAGCGUCAACCGCUGCAUCGAGCACCAGCACCGGCCUUCAAUUGAAUUUGGAGGUCAGCGCCGAGGCACCGCACCCAAAGAAAAGAGGCGGUCUGCUGGAACGGAUACGGUGUACAGGACGUAGCCGUAAGGGAGAAUUGCAGCCUUCAGUAUCCGUCGGGCAUCUUCCCAUCCAACAGCAACCCAGCCCUUCUUCGCCCGCUGGUCAUGCACCUGGAAUUCUGAAGGAACCCUAUCUGGAAAUGAAUACAGGCCCACCAUAUCACAUUAUUGCCAUCAAUACUCAGGAAUGUGAACGCGAGAUCAGAGAGGCUGUCUUGUUCCCGUCAAAGAUAGUAUGGGAAAAGCGUUUGCAGGCCUACCUUGGGCCAGACUACGUAAUGAUCAAGACAGAGACCAUGGCGGCGUUGCAUAUUGCGGUCUUCAUCUGGAGGCCCAUCGAGGAUCUUGUCAGCGCGGUCGAUUCGUCUACUGUAGCAACUGGAAUAGGCGGAAUCGUUGGGAACAAGGGUGCUGUAGCUAUCUCUAUCUACCUUGGCAGUAUGUCGCUCCUCUUCGUCAACGCACAUCUGACAGCCCAUCAAAGUAAUACUCAUGCUCGAAAUAGUGACUACAAGAGGAUCAUCCAUGAACUCCAGCUGAACGACGCUCCCAAGAGUUCACCCGGUCGAUGGUACUUCAAGGGAGAUAUGCAACUUCGGCGCCACUACAACUCUCCUCCGGCACUGGCUCGACAAAAAUCAUCUCACUUUGGCAACAAUGGCAAAGGUAGCGACGAUAAGAAACCCAUCGGCAAGUCAAGCAACGGAGAUCUUGUUGAGAAAAAGCCCGGCAAAACAAGUCAUUUGAAAAUCAACACAGAAUUGGCAGCAACUGAGCAGCAUAGCCAUAGACAAGAGGGUGCGGAUGAAAACGGUCCAGCAAAAACCGAAAUCAAUGUCGACAUAACUGAACAGUUUGACUAUACGUUUUGGGCAGGCGAUUUGAACUAUCGUGUCGAUCUAUCGCGGGCUCAGGCGGAGAAAUGCCUCGAGAAAGAAGACUUGGGGGUAAUUUCAUGCGGUAUAUCGUGUAUCCAGUCAUUCUGCCUGUGAGCUAGGAUAUAUAUUGAUGUUUCUAUUUUCUCAUUUAUACGCAACACUCUAACAGACACUAUUGGCGCACGAUCAGCUCAGCAUUCAAAGGAAUCUUGGUGUUGUGUUUGAAGGGU